AAUUACCGGUACCUUGGAAAUCGAUUCACGGAGUCAGCAAAUUGUCCGAAAAUCUAGACAUUUGUGCUGACAACACACACAGCAUAAAAAGUCAUUUAUAUUUUGUGUAAACCGGCCAAAUCAGUCACACUUGAGAGAAAACUGGACUCGUCGCACUUGUUUUGUUGGGAAACUAUGCAGCCAGUGCCUGAGGGAGGGAAAUUGCGGAAUUUGGCGCCGCCUGGUGGUCCGUAAACAAUAAAUCUAACAAAGAGCAAUUUCCACAUUUAAAAAAACGAUUCACCAAACUAUAAAUACAUUUUGAACUACAUUGGUCAUCGUAAAAUGAAUUACAGUUUAGAAAAAAAAAGAUUUAAAAUGCAUCAUACAUAUUGAGUCUUAGAUUGAGUGGGCGUGGCUUAUCGUGGAAGCUCCUUUACGUCCAGACCGAAUGCCCUGCAUUAUAUUGAAGGGGAAAUAUGUAGUGUAUUUGGGAAAAUACCGUCUGGAAGGCACACGUGUCGCUUUUACGCGUUUGUGUGUGUGUGUAUGCGUGCAUGCGAUGGCAGCCGACCGGCAGCUUGAUGUGCAGAUGUUGUCAACAAGCUGCUAAAACAUGGACAUGAUGGAUUUGAAGGCAGCCACGUCGACUAUGGAUGCUCUGGUCCGCAUUAGUUCCAACAUGAAGAGCCUGGAGCAGGAGCUGCAGUGCCCCGUGUGCAAGGGCAUGGUCAAGCAGCCCGUGGUGCUGCCCUGCCUUCACAGCGUGUGCCUCCUGUGCGCCUGCGAGGUCCUGGUGGCCAGCGGGUACCCGCCGCCGGACCUCCCCGCCGAGCCCAAGUCCCCGGCCUCCACGCCCAACACGCGCUCCCCGCGACAGUUGCGCAGGCCCGCGCCCAAAGCUGAACAGCGGCUGCUAAAGCUAGGUCCCCACCCGCCUUCGCCAUCCACUCCCCGCUCGCCAGGCUACCCGGGGCGACGACGCAAGGAGGGCCCGUCCCCGUCCAUGACGUUCCCCUGCGUGCCCUGCGGCCGAGACGUGGAGCUUGGCGAGAAAGGCCUCGCCGACUGCCUGCGGAACCUCACCUUGGAGCGCAUCGUGGAGAGGUACCGGCACACGGUCAGUCUGGGCAGCGUGGCCGUCAUGUGCCAGUUCUGCAAGCCCCCGCAGGCCCUGGAGGCCACCAAGGGCUGCGGCGACUGCAGGUCCAACUUCUGCAACGAGUGCUUCAAGCUCUACCACCCGUGGGGAACGCCGCGGGCGCAGCACGAGCACAUCCUGCCCACGCUCAACUUUAGACCCAAGGCGAGAAGCCAACACACGCGCUCUCAUGCCGGCCGUCUCGCGCUACGCGCUUCUGACCUCCGUCCGCUGCCGCAGGUUUUGACUUGCGCCGAGCACGACCAAGAGAAGCUGCAGUUUUACUGCAGGUCCUGUCAGCGGCUGCUUUGCUCUCUCUGCAAAUUGCGUCGCUUGCACGCGGGACACAAGAUUCUGCCCGUGGCCCAAGCUUACCAAGCCCUCAAAGAGAAGAUUACCAAGGAGAUGAACUACAUUCUGUCCAACCAGGACACGGUGCUGGCUCAGAUUACACAGCUGGAGAGCGCCAUCACUCAGACUGAGGUGAACAGCGUGUCGGCUCGCGAGCAGCUGGCCCAGAGCAUCCGGGACCUGACGGCGGCGUUGGCCGAGCGCCACGCCUCGCUCACCCAGGCGCUGGAGGCGGCCCGGCACAAGCGCGGCGAGGCGCUGGCCGCCCAAGUGGCGGAGCGCCGCAGCUUGAUGGAGCACGGGGGCCUGGUGGCCUUCACUCACGAGUUGCUGAAGGAGACGGACCAGCCCUGCUUCGUGCAGGCCGCUCGCCAGACGCAUAACAGGUUCAGCAAGGCCAUCGAGAACCUUCAGCAUUUCGCUCCGGCCGCCGAGCCGUCCUUCAGACAUUUCCAACUGGAUGUCUCCAAAGAACUCAAACUGCUCACGGAACUAAACUUCAUCCGAGCCCCUUCGGCCCCGGUCCUCGACACCCAACACUCGCUGGCUUACGAUCAGCUCUACCUGAGCUGGCGCUCGUCCCCGGACUCGCCGCCCGCCCGCCACUACUCGGUGGAGUACCGGCGCAGGGGGGUGGUGCCGGGCGGCGCGUCCCGGGGGGGCAACAGGGCGGCGGCGGCGGCGGCCGGCCGCUGGGGUUGGCAGCGACUGGACGAGGUGAGCGGAACGAGCGCCGUCAUCGACAGACUGGAAAUGGACAGCGUGUACGUGGUGCGGGUGAGGGGCUGCAACAAGGCCGGCUACGGCGAGUACAGCGAGGAGGUGUACCUCCACACCCCUCCGGCGCCAGUGCUGAACUUCUACCUGGACUCUCGCUGGGGUCUUCACGCCGACCGGCUGGUGGUGAGCAAGGAGCAAAGAGCGGCCCGCAGCGUCCCCGGCCUCUCCUUGCUGCGGGCCGCCGACCACGCGCUAACUUCCUGUCACCUGACGUCAGACCUCUUGGUGGGCGAUGUGGCCAUCACGCAAGGGAGACACUACUGGGCGUGCUCGGUGGAGCCCGGCUCUUACCUCGUCAAGGUCGGCGUCGGUCUCGAGUCCAAGUUGCAGGAGUGGUUUCAUCUACCGGAAGACAUGGCUAGUCCCCGGUACGAUCCGGACAGCGGUCAUGACAGCGGGGCGGAGGAUGGCAUGGACUCGGCGCCCCCCUUCUGCUUCCUCACCAUGGGCAUGGGCAAGCUCUACCUGCCCCAGCCAACCUACCACCAGCACAACGGUCAACGCUCGGAUCCCAACGGCAACGGGCCGUCAGCCCCGGCGGGCCUGACCUAUCCGUUGCCGCCCCGCCUGGGCGUGUCUCUCGACUUUGAGAAGGGCCGCGUGGCCUUCUACGACGCCCACUCCCUGCGCCCCCUGUGGGAGGGUCACGUGGAUUGCUCGGGGCCGGUGUGCCCGGCCUUCUGCUUCAUCGGAGGGGGGGCCCUGCAGCUCCAGGAGCCGGUGGCCGACCGCGGGGCCGACCGGACCCCCGUGCGGAGGGUGACCAUCCAGCCGCGAGCCGGCUCCAAUUUAAAUAACUGAUUACAAAUGACAACGUGAAGUCGUUUGCCUUGAAAGCAUUUUUACGGCGACGGAUAUGCAAUGUACCCAAGUUUCUUUUGCUUUUCUUUGCAAGAAUCACCGCUUUGAUGGUUUUUGCCAUACCCGACACCGGAUUUGCGAAACCAAUGGAUGAUAACGCCGCCGAAGUUAGCCCUAAAUUCGUCGCAUCAUCAUUUGCUCAUUUUCCACCAUUGACAAAUGGGCUUUUUUUCUGAAAUUCGGCCACCAGAGCCGGCUUCAUCAUUUAGCAAGGUCUGAAAUUGACAUUUUAGGUUGACUAGGAGCAUUUCAAAUAGAUGCGUUAAGCACUGCAUAUUUGAUGCUUACACCCCCCCCCCCAACGCCAACCGUUUCAUGCCCUUACGUGUCAGAUUUGCGUGCUUUACUUCAGUAAACAUGGACUUGUGGCAUCUAUAAGAGUACUCUGAUGCCAAGGUGUUGUCUUAAUGUGGUCAAUUAGCAUUAGGGAGGAAAGACGUGGCGAGAGACCAUCCUUAGAAGCUGCGGUCACACCUCUGGCACACAACUAAUCACUAGUUUCCACGCUUGUAUUUGUGCGUUCUAUCAAUGAAAACGUGUCCGUUGUAUGUGUGUAUUUACACCCGUCUGCGCUUGGAUGUGUGCGUAUGAAAAGCUAUGUCCCCCGCAGUCAGCCUUCAGUGAUGAUUUUUUUUUUUUUUUAAUAAUCGCUUGAUUGUAAGCCUAGCGGGCGUCCUUUAAACAAAAGUAAACCGAAUGAAAAGGGCUUCUCCUGCCUCCCUGCUUUUUGGCGUCCACUAUGAUAUCACGCAAACAUGACAAUUCUAAACUGUGCUCUGACACCAAGUUGUUCUUUGACUCGAACCUUUAGUCAGGCUAACUGCCAAGUCAUUAGAAAGCAAACUCAAGCGUGGUUAUAUUAAUCCUCCCUCACUGUGACAUCACACAAGGUGCAUAAGUGCAGAAUGGCUCACUGUCAGACACGUUGUCAAAAAGAGGCAGAUUAUCAUUUAUUACAUUGAUUUGUCUAAAUCCACACUUGGGUAGAGAGUCCAGGAACCCAACUAUUCGUGACACAUGAAAAAGUGGAUUUUCCACAGUAUGCCUGCUUUAAGGGUGUGUUUUGACACCUUGCCGCUAGAGGGCAACAAAGCAACAGCAUGCUCUUUACCGUCGUCUUCACGCUCACUGCAACCAUCAAGUCUUGACAAAUGGAAUCGAUUUGUUCGAC